CCUGAAAAUUAGUUGGCAACACUGCGCUUGAGCUCCUGCAAAAUAAUGAAUCAAUAGAUAGCGAAAGAGAAUCGAGGAGGAAUUCUCAACUCAAAGGGGUUCAGAAAUAAUUGAUGACAUCUUUGCAGAAUUUACUAUAACUCACAAAUUAUGGCGACUAAAAGGACGGUAAUAGUGACAGGUAAGUGAUUUGUGUCAAUUAUAGAUAGUUUGCUGUCAGUUUUCUCUAAACUGUUGAUUAAAAUGAGUUGCCUGCACAAAUUGAACCAUACGAAUAACAAUUUUAGGUUUGAAUGACUUUAGCCUAUAGUGUUGUGUUUCUACAUCUAGAAAACGAAAUUAUUUCUAAACUACUGUACAGUAUAAUCAUCUUCCAUUCAUGAAAUGUCUGUCAGUCAGGUAGCCGACGAAACUCAACUCCACGAUUUACGAUGGAGAUGAGCGGCGACUAGUGUGGCCUGACUGGAGCUCCGACGUCACAUACAAUGAUUUCUGCACCUGAAGAAUAGCCCGCAAUUACAUAGAACAAUGUCGUGUGUAAUUGCGGGCUAUUAUUUUGGUGCUGAUAUCAGUCGUUUUUAAAUUAAAAACUUCAUUUUAUGUAACUUCGGAGCUCCGGUCCGCCCACACUAGUUCUCGCUCAACUCCAUUUAAUUGGCUAUCUGUCAGGUUGAAAUCUCUGAUUUGUGAGGAAGCAGAAGAGCAAACCAAUCUAUGACAGGUAUAUCAAGACAGAGGCGACAAUGUAGCCAUUUAUGGAUCGUCGUAGCCAUUCAUGGAUACAUUGUUGCCUUGUCGUGUUGGCAAGAAGCCUGGUCUUAGUGUUCUCUCCUAUACAAUUUAAAUGGAAAUUAUAGCAGCCUAUAGUGUCAUCUUAUCUAUAAAACCCAUGCACUCAUUGGCAUAUAUUGUGUGACAAUUGACUGUAUUUGUCAGCUGUGGUAAUAGAUAAUAUUUAACUUGAUCUAACCUUUAGACUUUGAAUGAAGAGUCUUGUGACGCUCAUUUACAUAGGCCUAGAGAGAUAAGCAGCUAUAAAAACAGUGUCUUUUUUUAGGGUUUGAACCUUUUGGAGAUCACACCAUCAAUGCUAGCUGGGUGGCUGUUCAGGUAAGUGAGUUUGUUGAGUGUUCUGCAUGGUGCAUCAUUGCAUCAUUAAAUACCUAUUUAACAAUGUGUGAAUGUUGUUACUACAGUUAUUAGUGUUAUCACGACACACUACACAGGUAUAAAAUCAACCGGUUUUAAAACCAUGAGGCACAACAAUUAACUCGAGGUAUAAUAAAGCUUUAGCAAAUGAAAUAGGGUUUGUGGUUUCUCCCCCACUUCCUGUUUCCUCUGUGUACAGGAACUGGAGCGGUUAGGCUUGGCUCAGAGUGUGGAUCUGCACGUCUGUGAGGUGCCAGUGGAGUACCAGGCAGUUCAGAGUCUGCUUCCAUCUCUAUGGAAACAGCACAAGCCACAGGUAGCCACAAGAAAUCAUAGCAAGUGUCAACUGUUGUUCCUCACUUUAUCUUUCUUUAUUGCAUGGUAUAAAAGCCCUGACAUAGUGUCUAAGUGCACAGUCUACACACUUACUGUAUGACAUACCAUACGCUAUUUAUUCCUACUAUAUGACGUAAACAUAAUGACAUCAUUUAUUGUCUUUAUUGAUAUUACUCAGUAGCUCAUGUUACAGUAAUCUCUUUAAAUUCUCGCUAACAACCCCCACCCCACACAUCCUCUUCACCGCUGGUCAACAGUUGGUCGUCCAUGUCGGGGUCUCUGGCAUAGCCACCACGGUCACUCUGGAGAAAUGUGGCCACAACCAUGGCUACAAGCGGGUGGACAACUGCAGCUUCUGUCCAGACUCUCAGUGCUGUAUGGAGGGGGGUCCUGAAUGCAUCGAUUCAGUCAUAGACAUGGACAUGGUAUGCAAGAGGGUCAACUCCUCAAGGCUGGGUGUGGCAGUGUCAGUAUCAAAGGACGCAGGCCGGUGAGUGCUGUGCUCGACUCUACUCUCAUUCAACCAAUCAUAUGGCACUAUUUAUGAUAUCUUACUUUUUUUCAAUGAAACUCCAUUAAAGGGAUAGUUCACUCAAAUUACAAAUGUAUUCUAUCUAUGAACAUCCAAAUCUUUAAUUGUAGCAUACUUUUUAGGUAUUGAUAAGAUAGUGCUAUGUCAUAAUUUGGGUGGUCAAUCCCUUUAUAAUCUGAAAUUCUAAUUAUAAUUUACGCUUCAGAAACCCCAUUCACCUGAAUGGCAAAUCCAUUGAUUCUGAUAAAAGCUAAUGCCUCUUUUUGUCUCUCUAACCCUAACUCAACCUUUGUCCCUGUCAGAUACCUAUGUGACUACACCUACUACACGUCACUGUACCUGGGGAAAGGCAGGUCAGCGUUUGUGCACGUUCCUCCUCUGGGGAAGCCCUACAAUGCCCAGGACCUAGGCAGAGCCUUGCAGGCCAUAGUGGGGGAGAUGCUGGAACUUGUGGGUCAAGCUGAGGAUGAUGACCACCACCACGACCACUGCAGCCACCAGAACCAUCAGCACGCUCACUAAAGAAAGACUUCCGGUGACCUUUGUCCUAAACUCACUGGUGCUGUCCUCAAUGGACAGAUAAAGCACUUAAACAUCAUCAGCAUCUACCCAUGGUAGUCUGGGGAGCAUUAGCUAAAGAGAGGGGUAUCAGCACUACCCUGUUGUAGGAACUAGAGAAAGGAAGAGUAUGUGAAUGAACAUAGGCAGAGCCAUGGCUAUAUCCAUGGAUAGUAUAUCUAUGGCUCUGGGUAUGGAUAUUUGACUGUAUUUCACAAACAGAGUAAUGGUCCAAUGAACAGUGCUGUAGAUUAGAGAAACAUCUUUGUAUAUCCAGUGUGCACUGAUGUGUGCUUUUAAGCCACAUCCUCCUGACAACUGUAUGACCGGCUGCUUCUCACUAUUUUAAAUAGUUCCCCUUUAAGUUCCUUAUUCCACUCAGCAAUCACUCUCGCUUUGACAUAAUGGUUAAUGUAGUGUGCCGUUUAUUGGAUCAGCUCCAGCUCCCCCUUUGUCUUGUGGUUAAUAUUUGUUGUGAAAUUGUAUAAUAUCUGUAUAUUGUAUAGUGUACAAUAUAAGGAGGCAACAAUAUGUUUUCUUUGAUAAAUGUACCUCAAUCAUGUGUUAAUAUCUCAGGUAAUUAUUGCAUAUACAAUCAAUAUUGAUAAUGUGAUGAAUAAUGAUAUGACGUUUUUUUUAUCUUCAGUACCUGUAUUCUCUACUUAGAAUAUGG